UUUUUUUUUUUUUUAAACAAGCAAAAGGUUCGAUAAUCGUGUGAAAAGUCGAACCAAAGUUGAAUAAAACAAACCUGUCAGAUAUCUGGAAAGCCCGGGGUGGUAUGGCGAGGACGUGCGUUGAGCUUUGAAGACCGUUGCCAGAAUUGUUGUGCUUUUUUUCGGAGGUAUAAAAACUUGUCUGGCAAAGGAGAGAGAGAGAGACAGAGAAAGAGCGAGCCAGCGAGUGCAGUCAGACGAGAGAGUCACAGGGGGGAGGCUGGUAAGGAGACCGUGGAUCCUUCAAACUUGCCUGGAUGGUGAAAUGGUGUGUUGGUGGCUGAUCUGAAAAAAGAAGCCCUUGCAGGCAGAGGUGAGAGUGAACUUCUAGGAAUGGAUGACGUGGAUACAGUAACAAGUCAAAAACAACACUAGGCAGAAUGAAGGAGUGGACCCAGCAGCUGAUGUGAAGAAAAUGGGUGUUAAUGCUUCUAACUACCCUAACUCGUGCUCCCCUCGGACUGGGGGAAACUCACAGACGCAGCAGACAUUUAUAGGAACCUCAUCCUACUCCCACCAGGGCUAUGGCUGUGAGUCGAAGCUCUACAGCCUGGACCACGGGCACGAGAAACCACAGGACAAGAAGAAGAAGUCCUCUGGGCUGGCCACGCUCAAGAAAAAGUUCAUCAAGCGGCGCAAGUCAAGCCGCUCGGCUGACCAUGCCAAGCAGAUGCGGGAGCUGCUCUCUGGCUGGGACGUGCGGGAUGCCAAUGCCCUGGUUGAGGAGUACGAGGGCACCACUGCCCUUAAGGAGCUUAACUUCCAAGCCAGCCUGGCCCGGCCAGAAAACCUUAGAUUACAGAAAGAUCUGUCUGAUCUUUACGAGUAUAAAUACUGCACCGAUGUUGACCUGUUAUUCCAAGACACCUGUUUCCCCGUGCAUCGGGCCAUCCUGGCCGCGCGAUGUCCAUUUUUUAAGUCUUUGCUUUCCUCUUCUCCAGAGUACGGGGCAGAAAUCAUGAUAGACAUCAACACACCCGGGAUUGACAUGCCCAUGUUCUCUGCACUGCUGCACUAUCUGUACACAGGGGAGUUUGGCAUUGAGGAUUCGCGCUUCCAGGACGUGGACAUCCUGGUACAGCUGAGUGAGGAAUUUGGGACUCCCAACUCCCUGGAUGUAGACAUGCGGGGCCUUUUCGAUUACAUGUGCUACUAUGACUCGGUCCUCAGCUUCUCAUCGGACUCUGAGCUUGUGGAAACCUACGCAGGGAAUCAGGGCUGCCUGGACGAGGAGCUCAGGGCCCACAAGGCAGUUCUUUCAGCUCGCUCUCCCUUUUUCCGCAACCUCCUCCAGAGGAGAAUACGGACCGGAGAGGAGAUUACGGACAGGACACUGCAGACCCCCACUAGGAUUAUCCUGGAUGAGUCCAUCAUCCCUAAAAAGUACGCCAAGGUCAUCCUGCACUGCAUGUAUACCGACAUAGUGGACCUCUCUUACGUCCUGCACUGCAGCCCCUCGAUUGGUAGCCUGAGUGAAGUUCAAGCCCUGGUGGCAGGGAAGGGGAACAUGAGCCGGGCUGAGGAAGCUAUGGAGCUGUACCACAUAGCCCUCUUCUUGGAAUUCAACAUGCUGGCACAAGGCUGUGAAGAUAUCAUUGUGGAGAGCAUCUCUCUUGAUUCUUUGAUCGUCAUCCUGAGGUGGAGUUCUCAGCCUUAUGGGUCGAAGUGGGUCUAUCGACAGGCUCUUCAUUUCCUCUGCGAGGAGUUUAGCCAGGUCAUGACCUCCGAUGUUCUUUAUGAGCUCAAUAAAGAUGACUUGCUUACCGCGAUCCAGUCUGACUAUCUACAGGCAAGUGAGCAAGAUAUCCUCAAAUAUGUCAUCAAGUGGGGAGAGCACCAGCUUAUAAAAAGAAUGGCAGACAGAGAACCCAACUUGCUGAGUGGCACAGCUCACAGUGUGAACAAGCGGGGAGUGAAGCGGCGAGAUCUGGAUAUCGAGGAGCUGAAGGAGAUUCUGUCGCCUCUGCUGCCCUUUGUUCGUAUUGCGCACAUACUGCCCACCAACAGUGAGGUCCUCUCAGACACUAUGAAGAGAGGAUUGAUCAGCACUCCUCCAUCAGACAUGCUGCCCACGGCUGAGGGGGGGAAAGCCAAUGCCUGGCUACGGCAGAAGAACGCUGGCAUCUACGUCCGCCCUCGGCUUUUCUCGCCAUACGUAGAAGAGGCCAAGGCUGUUCUAGAUGAGGUUAUGGUGGAGCAGACUGACCUGGUUCGAUUGCGGAUGGUGCGAAUGUCUAACGUGCCUGACACGCUCUACAUGGUGAACAAUGCAGUGCCCCAGUGUUGCCACAUGAUCAACCUCCAGCAAAUCAGCAGCAGCCAGUGCAGCCCUCCCACUGUAGUAGCCAAUGAAAUACCUGUCCCUAAGCUGCAAGUUGUGAAAGACAUGAUUCGAAGGUUACAGGAGAUACGACACACAGACCAAGUUCAGAGAGCUUAUGCUCUGAACUGUGGAGAGGGAGCCACGGUGAGCUACGAGCUCCAGAUCAGAGUGCUGCGGGAGUUUGGGUUACCUGACGCUGCAGCAGAGCUCCUGCAGAACCCACAUAAAUUCUUCCCAGAGGAACGCUUUGGCGAUGAGAGCCCAGUUCUCUCAGUACGCCAGCACGGCCACUGUCGGAUUAACAGCACUCCAACAGUGGAGAGCAUGUUUACUGAUCUGGAGUCCUUCACUGCCUUCCACCCGCCACUGCCCCCUCUGCCCCCUCCCUACCACCCCCCUGUCACAUCCAGCCAUGGACAGCUGAAGACUGGGUGGAGACCUCGAAUCCCUAGCCAGCCCCCCUCGCGCUCCUUCUCUUACCCCUGUAACCACUCCCUGCUGCACCUGCGGCCCUCGUCCAAGCAUGGAAUCCCCACCUACCCUGCAGGGGCCAAAGCCAUCCCGCCCGACUGCACCAACACAGCAGGAAUGGGACGGACCAUUCAUCCAGAGAAACAGGGUAACAUGGAGCCUGUGAUCAAUGAGUUCAUGCCAGACAUUGCCAUGGGAGUGUCAGCCAUGAACCUAAAAGAGAGGAGAAUGCCGGAGCUGACUGUGGACGCUGAAGGACACGUGGGGGUAGCCGAGCAGCAGCACCAACAGACCUCAGCAGCCGCCUCACAUUAUCAGCCUUCUGCAAUCUGCCACCCCAGCAGGCACAGUCACAACUCCCGAAAAAAACACGGCACCGAGCAAAAAGCUGAGAUCCGCCAGGAGUACCCGGACCUUUACGACUUCACCUGUCGGCCAACCACCCCGGCCUCCAGCCGCCAUGCACCUUCCCCUUCACAGGGAACAUACGCCGGGCCUGACCUCUACAGUCACAGCCGGCCCUCCCCGGGCUCCCUGCCGCCCUCUUAUCUCCCUGAUAUGCACUCCCAAAGGCCUGGUCCUGACCCGCUGCACCUGGACGUGUUGGAGCAGCCCCCACAGCGGCUUGACUUGGCCCUGGUGGCACAGAACUGCUCUGCCGUGGGGGCCCACGGGGUGGGCAGGGUCAGGUCCAAAAAUGAGACAGACCUGACAUGUGGUCUGGGUUCUGGGUGGGCCCCAGAGACUUAUGAUGAGCGCCCCCCUGGCCGGAGGUCAGCCCCUGACAGUACAGCGGGGCCACUGGAGCCUACAGGAGCCUUGCAUCCACAUAGGAACAGUGCUAGUGAGGAGGCAAUAGCCAGCAGAGAGCGCAGGUCACCAAACAAGCCUGAUUACCAGUACAAGAAAUCUGCACUUUAAAACUCUUUUUUUUUUUUUUUUUUCUUCUUUUUUAAAUGUACAUAUAUAAGAGAACAAAAAUAGGAAAUAUGUAAGACUUUUGACCCUUUCCUCUUUGGGUGUUUUCUUUUUUCAUUUAAGAGUUGCCUGUAAUGCUUGAAUAUUCUGAAUAGUAGCUAUUUUUACUGACUUAAGGGCCACUCAAUCUUUUUUUUUUUUGGUCAGUCAAUUUGACUCCUCACAUGGCACUAGUGCAUAAUUUCUGACACAAUGCAUAAUAUGCGCUCAUUUAUUGUGUGGUUGGUUUGGUAAAGAUUUAGAUUUAAACAGCCCAAUGUGCUGUACUUUGCUGUAGAAUCAUUCUGGCAGCACCUGCAGUGUUCACACAAGUAUCCUUAGAUGACAUUGCUGGUUUGUUUGUACACUCUACAAUACUUAAUGCACCAGACAGAAUAAAUUAUCCAAAAGAUGCAAGUGUGUUGUGGAGCAGCUGGCAUAAAAACAUUUCACUUUUCUGUUAUCUUCCUUUUUUCAUGGGUUUUAUAAAAGUUAAAUUUUUCAAUUAAAAAAAGAUUAAAGUAACAACAACAAAAAGAAUCUCGGCUAAACGUUCAGAAAGUAAUAUCCACAACGAUAACAGAGUUGUAUAACAUGGUUUUCAGUGCUGGUCCUCAAACUGCCCCCAAUGGUUGAGGUUUUAGUUUCAACCUGUUCUCUUUCAUUUGUAGUUCAGUCUGGUGAUUUGUUAUAGACUAGAAAUAUUACAGAUUUUACAUACAAAUGUAAGUGCUGUCUUCUGUACACUGGAGAACAGUGCAUGUUUAAAAAAAAUAUUCAGUUUCUAGUUGAAAAAAAAAAUCUACAUAUCUACUUUAGAUGGUACUUGAAGACCAGGUUUGAAAACACCUGUUUUAACACAUGGGUACAGUGUGAAAAGAAAAUGUUCUAGGAGUAAAGGGUCAACCCUGCCAAGAACUUCAGAACACAUACUCUCCAAUCAUUUCCGGUUGAGAAUGUAGUGGGGAAACCAGCUCAUUGAGCUUCACGGAAUACGCCAGCAUAAAAACAUUUACUUUAUUAUAUUAUUAUUUUAUCAUUCUUUAACUAUUUGUCUUUUUCCUUCCUCCAAUCUAUUUAUGACACUUUGUUUGUAUUGUGUUUUACUUUGCAGUGUGAUUAUUUGCUUUGUUUCACUUCCACCCAUUUUUUGUUACUCCCAUUAGUGUUUCUUUUACUGGCACCGGUCUCAUCCCUUGUAUUGUAUUCAGCAGGAGCCGUGACUUCUGUCGUUUUUGUAAAUAUUGUUGUGCUUUUAAGAAUGCACAGCAGUGUUGAGGUUAAGGGUGGAGGGGCUUGGCUGAAGAUGUUUUGGUAUGAUUAUAACACAAAGGUCCAGAGCAUAUGGUCCUCACAGUCAGUGGAUACUUUGUUAGUGUGGGAGGAAAGUAGCAAAAACAAACAAAAUUAAUUUUACACUGUGAGAUGAGAAACGUUUGCUGUAAACAUAGACUAUAGUCACAUUCAAGUGCCUGUUAUUGGUGAUACAUUUGGGAUUAUGGUGAUUUUGAAGUGUGGAUUGAAUCAUGAAUUAAUGUAUUUCUUAAUGGAAAUUUUAAUGAAACCUAUAUUGGAUUUUACAAUUUACAUUUGUAUUCAUAUACAGUAUUUUAAAGCCUCCCCAAAUACAUUGUACUGUUUCAAUAAUAUCUUAACGGGGAGCAGAAUUUCUCAGCAGAAAACCUUGUUUUUCUACUGAAAUCUGCUUGCUCACCUUCUCGUGCUCAUUUUAACUUUUUGGCACUUGAUGAAAUCUUUUGAAACACACACUCUCUUCUGCUGUGCCUGUACUCUAAGGUUAUCUGGGAAAAGUAUGGACAAAUAGAGUAAUAAAUGCCAUGCAGUUAUUGGCCUAUUGGAAUGUUAAUGUUAAUCUAAUAGGAGAGGACAAGGCUUGUAUGAGUUCACAAUGCAUAAACAGCUUGAUAACUGGCACCAGUGCUCAUCUUUACAUCUACACCAUUAUCCCAGUGUAUUUUUUGUUCUCUGUAGACAACUUUCUAAUUCCACAUUUCACUAUGGAUAACUGUUAACCGUGGAUAACUUUUGAAAAAUAUAUAAUUGAACAAGAUUACAUCUUAAUGAUGUAAAAUAGGGCUUCUGAAACACGGUCAGCGGGACCCCAGUAUGUUCUGGUUUUCGUUCCAACUGAGGGCUCAAUUACUGAACUAAACCAUUAACUGGACUAAAUUUGUUUAAUUAGACUUUAUAUUUGUUCUCAGCUCGUUGGCAUUAUUUGUUUUUAACAUCAUAGUUAACUCAGCAGCUCACAUUGCUGAGUACUGCUGAAAACACUGCCUAGUGAUUCAUUUCAUUGCUUGUAUUAUAGGUUGCUAAUUCUAGGAAGAGGCGGUAGAAAUCUACUAUAAUUGUGGUUUAUAUGUGUGUGUGUGUGUGUGUGUGUGUAUGUGU